AUGGCGUGUUAUACAGAGACUGAGAGUUACAUGGAGGAGAUGACCUGUGCAAUUUGUCUACAACUGUUUGAAAGUCCAGUUAUGCUGGAGUGUGGGCACAACUUCUGCAUGUCUUGUAUUAACAUGUUUUGGGACACUCCUGUAAAGUUGUCCUGCCCUGAGUGCAGACAACAGUUCGAUGACAGAAAAUUCACUGUGAACAGACUGCUGGCUAAUUUGGUUGAAAAGGUCCAGAGACAGAUCCUAAGGGAGAAUUAUCAGAGUGAAGAUACAGGGCAGGAAUACGUCUCACGAAGUACUACUGUAGCAGAACAGCAAGACGGUUUGAAUUGUAGCGAGCAUGGAAAAAUUCUGGAACUAUUUUGUGAAGAGGAUAUAGCACUGGCUUGUGUCUUAUGUGUAUCUAAACAUUAUGGCCACCAUCUGGUAUCCCUGUCGGAAGCAAUGAGUACAUAUCAGGAUAGGUUGAAAACUAUGUUGACCUCUUUGGAAUCCACUCUGAAUAGUCACAAUGACUUGAAGGUGAAACAAGAGCAAAAGGCUUCAGACAUCAAGAUAUGUUCCCAGACUUUAAAGAAGCAUAUUAGUUCAGAAUUUGCCAAACUGUACCAAUUUAUCCAAAAUAAGGAACAGCAGCUACUCCAACAACUCCAGAAGGAUACAGCAGGACUACUGAGGGAGAUGGACAAAAACGUGAUGCGAAUUACUGAAAAGAGCAGCACCAUUCUGCAACAGACAGCUAACAUUCAUUUAACACUAGAGUUAGAAGAUCCUAUCCUUUUUCUAAUGGAAGUGAAGAAUGAAGUAGAAAGGUCUUCAGAACUACAGGACAAAGACCAUGUUACUCUGGUGAAUCGUGAGCUCAACUCAAGCUUAUAUAAAAACCCAGAACUGCUACAUAAUGUUUGGAAGGAAAUGGAAUCCAUUGUCAAUCCCAUGAUCCCAAAUCAGGAAGGAGUGGAAAUGACCCAGAAAUGUUUAAUGGCCAGCACUGUAAGAGCACCAUCUCCUUUAAUGGAAGCUACUGUUACCUCCUUAUCAGCAAACAAAACCCUCCGCCCUCCAGUAUUGCCCAAGAAACACUUGCAGUUUCCAACAAUUCCUGAAAUAAAGCCUCCAUUGCUACAAACCACAACAAUCCCUGCAAAUGCAGAAAAAACAACUGAAUGUUCCAUGGAAGCAAGUCAAACUGCAGAAAUGGAAAGAAUUCCUCCUGAACCAAAUGACACAGUUCCAUCAAGGGGAAAGGUGAAAAGCCUUGCCUUGCAAUAUUCUCACAUCAACAUCAACAGGAAACCGGCACAGGCAUUCAACAAACCAUUAGAUAAAGUGAAUGAUCUUGAGGAAAAGGAGAGAUCAGCUGCAGAAAUGGCAAAACUAAAACGUAAGUAUAACCAUGGAUUCACAUUGCCGAAAAUGUUUUUCUGUACCACGUUUAAUAGAAUGACUGGUGAGCUGUUUUCUCCUGAGUAA